AUGGAACCAUCCUCUUCUGCCCGGGAGCGGCUACUGCCCGACCAGGACACAGACACAGAGCCAAGCCGAAACCGUGAGCGCGGUUUGGACGGCGAAGUGCAUGGGAGGAAGCUAUCGGGUGCAGCAAAUUCCGCAAGCGUGACGUCACGGCGCGGUCAAAAUCAGCAAGGCGACGAAACCGUGAGGAAGAUCGAGAGUGUCCUGAAUCGGGAGCGUGGGCAGGAACAGCAGCCAUUGCAUGCUAGGAAGGCGACCGAGGACAUUGGCAGCGAUGAAACACGCACGGCCGCCGCCGCCGCCGCCGCUGCUGGUGGUGGUGAGAUGACAGGGAGCCAAGGGGUAUACCUCGUCUAGACUACGGGCUACACGUAUGCAGACGGCUCCGACAUACAGCGUACCGCCCACAACCCUACACGCACAAGCUUGUAGUCAGGUUGACAACGUGGAAGGCGGCACUAUCUGCAGUCGAUGGUGUGGCGCAGUAUACGUAUCACCCGCGAUGAGUGCGCUGGUAUUGCGAGGAGGGAGCCCAAGCGGGGCGUGCCUUCGUUGUCGAAAGAGUUUACUCCUGUUCGGUACAAUGUGUACCUGAGUGUUUUUCUGUUAAUUGCAAUGUUUGUAGUGGUUGGUGAAAGCGUGAGGAGAAUGAUAUUUCAAGGGAGCAGUGGCACCGAGGCCACCAGGUUUGAGUCUGGUUCGUUCGGUAUGUGGAGUCGAGUUUUCGGGUGUAAAUUUCAAUAUCCAAAGUGGUUGUCGGAAGUGAAAGGCGAACGACAUUCCACGGAGCAUGAACCAGUGGUACAGAAGCCGCUUCUAGAAUUUGAUAUUUUCGGCUCGAAUCUGGUACAAUACUAUUCGUAGCAAUUUGGCGGCAGCGUUAGCACAGUGAUACUUCAAGGAGCAUGAACGCACAGAGACCACUACGUCGUUCCCUAAGGUGUUGUUGCGUAUUUGGAGUCGAGGUUUCAGAUGUAAGUUACAAUACUGGCAGUGGUUGUCGGAAGCGUAAUGAGGAGAACCAUAUUUCAAGGAGCUGAACCAGUGGCACAGAGACCACUACGUCGUUUCGCUAGAGUUUGCGGCGUUCGGUACAUGGAGUUAAGGUUUUGGUACAAUAUGCUAAUAUUAAGAGUGGUGGUUAUCGGAGGGGUACGGAAAACGAUCUUUCAAGGAGCAUAAGACAUUGGCACAG